AUGAAGGUUUGUUUUACACUGCAUUUUUUUUUUUUUUUUUCAGAGCUCAUUUUAAUGGACCAUUUACAAGCGUUAAUUGAUCCAAGCAAACAAUUCGCGAAAGAUUCAAUUCGAUUGGUGAAAAGGUGCACAAAACCAGAUCGAAAAGAAUAUCAAAAAAUUGCGGUAGCAACAGCAGUUGGUUUUGCCAUAAUGGGUUUUAUCGGUUUCUUCGUCAAGCUUAUCCACAUUCCAAUUAAUAAUAUCAUCGUUGGCGGAUAA